AUGGUUCAACAAGGUAUUGUUUUGGGGCAUAUUAUUUCGGGAAAAGGGAUUGGAGUGGACAAGGAAAAAAUAGAUCUCAUUCGUUCUCUUCCAUCACCAUCAAGUGUGAAAGAAAUAAGAUCCUUUCUUGGUCAUGCAGGAUUUUAUAGGCGGUUUAUAAUGGAUUUCUCAAAGAUUACUUCUCCCUUAUGCAAUCUUCAUCAAAAGGAUGUUGCAUUUGAAUUUAAUGAAAAAUGUUUGUUUGAAUUCAAAAAAUUGAAGGAAUCCUUAACAUCAACACCUAUUAUUCAGCCAUUUAACUGGGAGUUACCAUUUGAAAUAAUGUGUGACACUAGUGACUAUGCAGUACGAGCAAUCCUUGGGCAAAGAGUUGGUAAGGUUCCUCAUGAUAUAUACUAUGCCUCUCAGACUCUUAAUGAUGCUCAGUUGAAUUACUUUACUACGGAGAAAGAGCUUUUAGCAGUUAUCUUUGCUCUAGAAAAGUUUCGGUCUUACUUGAUUGGAACUAAAGUUAUUGUUUACAAUAACCAUGCAGCUCUUAAAUAUUUACUAGCUAAGAAAGAAGCAAAGCCCAGACUUAAUCAGUGGAUUUUACUUCUACAAGAAUUUGAUCUUGAAAUAAAAGAUAAGAGGCCACUAAAGAGUUACCAGGAGACCUUACACAAGCUCAGAAGAACAAGAUUAAGCAUGAUGCUAAGUUUUAUAUUUUGGAUGAGUCUUAUUUAUGGAAACAUUGCACUGAUCAAGUCAUUCGAAGGUGUGAACAUGAUUCUGAAUUUUAAUCUAUCCUUGCUUUCUCACAUUCUCAUGCUUGUGGAGGUCAUUUUGGACCCAAGAGAACAGCUCAUAAAGUACUUGACAGCAAUUUUGACUGGCCUACCAUCUUUAAAGAUUCAUAUGCAUAUUGCAAGGCAUGUGACAGUUGUCAACGAUUUGCGGUGGAUUAUGUGUAUAAGUGGGUGGAAGCAAAAGCAACUAAAGCGGAUAAUUCUAAAACAGUGGUUGAGUUCAUUUGAUCAAAUAUCUUUAAAGGAUUGGAGUAUAAGAUUAGAUGAUGCUCUAUGGGCAUAUCACUCGACCUACAAGACACAGCUUGGUAUGUCGCCAUAUCGGUUGGUGUAUGGAAAGCCUUGUCACCUACCAUUUGAAUUGGAACAUAAAGCUUGGUGGGCUGUGAAAAAGUGUAACAUGGAGAUGGACAAUGCACGCCAAAAAAGAAUGUUGCAAUUACAAGAGCUGGAGGAAAUUCGUAAUGAUGCUUAUGAAAGCUCUAAGAUUUAG